UCCACAACACGGACUAUGGCGGCCAGCUCGGAUCGGAACCCUCCGCCUUUCCCCGCAGAGGAGCCCGAACCGGGACUGCCUGACAUGGCAGACGGAGACAGCGACGAGGGAGAAGACAUCUUCAUCAACAGCAAUAACCCGCCACUGUCGGUGAGUCGGGGUGUUUCUCAGCCCGACCGAGCCCAGGAGGAGGCGCCUGGAGACCUGUUCACCGAGGAGGGGCAGCAGGAGGAGGAGGAGGAGGAACGCAGCACCGCCAAGUCCAACGGCGUCCACUCCGACGAGGACAGCGACCUGUUCGCUGAAGCACAUGUGGAGCUCAGCACAGACAAGUCCAGCAGCUCAGCUCAGAAGGAGACCUCCACCUCCUCCUCCGCCCCCCGGCCUGCCCCCACCUUCACUCCCAGCCCUGCAGCCAUGCAGCCCACCUCCUUGGAGCAGUUGGAGGAGGAAGAAGCCAGGGACAGCUUCGACGUGGAUGUUGCCGUCACCAACCCUGAGAAAAUUGGAGAUGGGAUGAAUGCAUAUGUGGCCUACAAAGUGUCCACCAGGACGUCCUUGUCUAUGUUCCGGAGUAAGACGUUCUCGGUCCGGAGACGGUUCAGCGACUUCCUGGGCCUUUAUGAGAAGCUGUCAGUGAAGCAGUCGCUCCACGGAUGCAUCAUCCCACCGCCGCCGGAGAAGAGCGUCGUGGGGAUGACCAAGGUGAAGGUCGGAAUGGACGAUCCAUCCUCGGUGGAGUUUGUGGAGAGAAGAAGAGCAGCUCUGGAGAGGUAUCUUCAGAGGAUCGUGGCUCAUCCCACAUUGCUGCAAGAUCCUGACGUCCGCGAGUUCCUGGAGAGAGAAGAUCCACUCCCCAGGGCGGUGAACACUCAGGCACUGAGCGGGGCGGGCUUCCUCAAAAUGAUCAAUAAAGCUUCAGACGCCGUCAACAAGAUGACCAUCAAGAUGAACGAGUCCGACACGUGGUUUGAGGACCGCUUCCAGGAAGUGGAGGCCGAGGAGCAGCAGCUGAGGAAGCUCCACGCCGUGGUGGACCUGCUCGUGAACCACCGGAAGGAGCUGUGCGGGAACACGGCCGUGUUCGCCAAGAGCAUGGCCAUGCUGGGGAACUCCGAGGACAACACGGCCCUGUCCAGGGCGCUGUCCCAGCUGGCCGAGGUGGAGGACAAGAUGGAGCAGCUGCACCAGGAGCAGGCCGCCAGCGACUUCUUCAUCUUCGCCGAGCUGCUCGCCGACUACAUCCGCCUGCUGGGGGCCGUGCGGGGCUGCUUCGACCAGCGCAUGCGGGCGUGGCAGCGGUGGCAGGAGGCUCAGAGCACGCUGCAGAAGAAGAGGGAGGCCGAGGCCAAGCUGCUGUGGGCCAACAAGCCCGACAAGCUGCAGCAGGCCAAGGAAGAGAUCACCGAGUGGGAGUCGAAGGUCACUCAGUACGAGCGAGAUUUUGACAGGAUUGGCAUGACUGUACGCAAAGAGGUGCUCAGAUUCGAGAAAGAAAAAUCCAAGGACUUCAAGACCCAGAUCAUUAAAUAUCUGGAGGCGAUGCUGCAGUCUCAGCAGCGGCUUAUAAAGUUUUGGGAAGCGUUCCUGCCGGAGGCAAAGGCAAUAGCUUAAUGAAGAGGGAGACUUUUUCUAAAGACCCCGACUGCCUUUUUUUUGAACACUUUACCUCUUUACCAGGAACUGAGGACAAUUUUUUGAAAGAAGCUUCCAUCCAUCCUUUCUUUCAAAUCGUCGUGUUUUCUCCUGUACAGGUCUUUGAUAUAAUAAGCUGCCGCAUUCACACGUUUCCUUGGCGUUUGUUCUGGAGUUUAAGAAUUGAAUCCGACCAUAGUAUUUGUAAAACUCACUGUCCUGACAGCGAGAGAUGUAUUUAUGUUUGUUUUGAGUUGCUGAAUCCAGUAUAUUGAGGUGUUAAAACUGAGGUACUGCCCGGAGAUCAUACUGUCUACAGUUUACAGUAGAGAAUAGGCGUCAAUCAGUCAUUCCACUCUAACUGACCUUGUCUAUAGAUGCAUGUCAGGUCAUGUUCUUGAUGCACUAAAAUGCAUUGUAUAGUUGAAAAAGUGUUUUUUUUUUUUUACUCAGAGAAACCACUAUUGAUGACUGAAGGUAUUUGCCAGGAGUAUUAUUAGCACACUGUUACAAUGUAUCAUGCAAAAUGAAAUAAAUCCUACAGACUUUAAAGCGAACAGGCGAAUGGUGAGUUUACAGAAGUGAAGCGGAACUCCACUGUUGACAUGUCCUAGAUGUUUGUUAUAUUAAGGUUCAGAUGAUUGUUGUCGGCGUCAGAAGCUGAAGCUCAUUUGGAUCUGCUGCAGGUCGCCAGAUGUUCGCCGUUACGCAUCCAAACGACGCGGUCCGUUAUUUUCCUAACCGUAAAUGUAGUUUCUUAUUUUUCUGUCAUGUCAUAUUCAUGUAAUAAUGUGGCUUUAUUUUUGUAACCACUCUGCAUCAGCACACACAUUUCCUUAAACCAUGAAAACAUGAAAACAGGUAGAUGUAAAAAAUAAAGGAUUGGUUACACUUUGCCUCCC